CACGUUUCAGAGCCUCCCCUAUAUUGCCUAGCGCAACGCAGGAUGGACUAGUGGGAACAGAAACAUUAUGGCUGCCAGUCUUUCCCUGACUCAGCUUUCAAGUGGAAAUCCUGUCUAUGACAACUACUAUCGACAGGUGGACCCGUCUGGCAGCGGACGUGUGGCAGCCGCAGACGCGGCUCUGUUCCUGAAGAAGUCUGGCCUGGCGGACCUGGUGCUGGGCAGGAUAUGGGAUUUGGCAGACGCAGAAAGAAAAGGUUCUUUGAACAAACAGCAAUUCUUCAUUGCAUUGCGAUUAGUGGCCUGUGCCCAAAAUGGACUGGAGGUGGCGCUGAAGAGUCUCGGCGUGCCCGUUCCUCCGCCCAAGUUUCAUGACACGAGCAGUCCUCUGCUCCCCCCGGGGGGGGCGCCCGUCGACGGCCCCUGGAUGGUCAAGUCGGAGGAGAAAAUCAAGUACGACCUCAUCUUCGAAAGCCUGGCGCCUGUCGGCGGGAUGCUGUCGGGGGAGAAGGUCAAGCCGGUGCUGCUGAACUCCAAACUUCCUGUGGACGUCCUGGGGCGGGUUUGGGAGCUGAGUGACAUUGACAAAGAUGGAAUGCUGGACAGAGACGAGUUUGCUGUGGCCAUGUACCUUGUGUACCGAGCACUGGAGCAGGAGCAGGUGCCCAUGGCGUUGCCCGCCCCGCUGGUGCCCCCGUCCAAGCGGAAGAAGCCGGUCUCGCCUCCCGUGGUGCCCCUGUUGCCCUCGCCCCCCUCCCACAAAGAGGGCCGCUCCUCCCACGGCGGGAGCAAAGUCCAGCCUCCUAAACCCCCGCCCAAUCAGUGGGUAGUGUCGCCCGUAGACAAGGCCAAGUACGACGACCUGUUCACGAAGACGGACGGCGACAUGGACGGCCUGGUGUCGGGGCCUGAGGUGCGAGACAUCUUCCUGAAGACCGGCCUUCCGUCUGCCACCCUGGCUCGCAUCUGGGAGCUGUGUGACAUCAGCGACAUGGGGAAGCUGACCCGAGAGCAGUUUGCUCUGGCGCUGCAUUUGAUCAACCAGAAGCUGAGCAAGGGGCUGGACCCGCCCCAGGCCCUCACUCCCGAAAUGAUCCCUCCCUCCGACAGGCUAGUGAGACGGCAGAGCAACACGGUGACCGGCCUGUCCGCGGACUUCUCCGCCAUCAAGGAGCUGGACACGCUCAGCAACGAGAUAGUGGACCUGCAGAGGGAGAAGAGCUCGGUGGAGCAGGAGAUCAAAGAGAAGGAGGAGAGCAUCCGGCAGAGGAGCAGCGAGGUGCAGGACCUGCAGGAGGAGGUGCAGCGGGAGGGCGGGGAGCUCCAGCGGCUGCAGUCUCAGCGCCAGGAGAUCCAGGAGGUGCUGGACCAGCUGGAUGUGCAGAAGGCCGCUCUGGAGGAGCAGCUGGGACAGAUCCGCCAGCAAUGCAGCCAGGAGAACCAGACGAUCGCCUCCCUGCAGGCGGAGCAUGUGGAGCAGGAGCAGAAGAUCGUGGAGUACGAGGAGGAGCUGGUGCGGGCGCAGGAGGAGCUGCGGCGGCUGCAGCAGGAGGCCACGCGCAUGCAGGAGAAGGUGGAGGCCACGCGCGCUCAGCUCAGCCCGCUGCAGGCCUCUGUGAAGGACUCCUACACAGAGGUCUCUCAGGUGCAGCAGAAGCUGAGUGACCUGCGGGUGGAGGACAGGGACGUCACCAUGCAGCUCGGCUGGCAGAAGCACCUUCUGGAGGAGCCAGUGCUGGUCAACGGUGCUACGGAGGAGGCCCACGCGCAGAGCCCAGAGAAACCGGCAGAACAGCCACCAGAACAGCCACAGGAGCAGCUGCUGGAGCUACAGCCGGAGCAGCUGCUGGAGCAGCCGCUGGAGCUGCAGCCGGAGCAGCCGCUGGAGCUGCAGCCGGAGCAGCCGCAGGAGCAGCCGCAGGAGCAGCAGCAGCAGCAGCAGCAGCAGGAAGAGGGGGAAAGUCCCAAGCCUCCUGUGGAACAGGAACUUGUCCCUGUCGUAGAAGAGGAUCUGUAUUGCAGUGCUCCUCCAAUUGCCUGGCCUCAGGACAUCCUGGAAAGCGGCAGUUCAUCCUCUAUAGCUGAAAUCUCACCGGAGGUCAAAGAAGAGAAGGAAGAGUCACCCAAAGCCAGCACCCCUAAGCUAGUGGGGUCCCCAGAGCCAGAGAAGGGCCCUGAGCCAGAGCCGGCCCAGCCCCCGCAGACCAGCCCGCCCACCGUCCCCGGGCUGGACUUCUUCCAGGCGGACCCUUUCACCGACCACGAUCCAUUCAAAGAUGACCCAUUUGCGAAAGUGGAUGUCUCGGACCCUUUUGGAGGGGACCCCUUCAAGGGCACGGACCCCUUUGCCGCAGAUUCCUUCUUCAAGCAGCCGUCUGGCGACCCCUUCACCUCCGCCGACCCCUUCGGCGGCACCGCCAGUCCCCCCGAUCCCGACCUGUUCAGCGGGCCGCUCAGCAACGCCGCCGGGCCGGACCCCUUCGCCUCCAGCCUGGACAGCCUGGCCGGGGGCGACCCGUUCGGCGGCAAGGCCAACAGCGCCGGCAAACCCGACCCCUUCGCCGCCAAAACCGCCGACGCGGCCGACGCCGACCCCUUCGCCUCCGCUGCCGGCCCGAUGGGCGGCCCUGACCCCUUCUCCUCCUCCUCCCCUCCCGGUCUGGACGGGCCCACGAAGGAUCUGGGUUCGGUGGCGAAUGACCCGUUCGCUCCUGGAGGUACUGCAGUGAACGUGAGCUCUGACCAAGCGGACCCCUUUGCUGCCGUGUUUGGAAACGAAACCUUUGGAGGAGGAUUUGCCGACUUCAGCGCCCUGUCAAAGUCAAACGGCGCCGACCCCUUCAGCCCCUCUCCCGCGCUGAGCAACAAGAAUCUGUUUAAGGAGGACAGCCAGUCGGGCGGCGCCCCCGACGUGCCCCCUGCCCUGCCCCCCAAGACUGGCACUCCCACCCGGCCGCCCCCUCCCCCUCCUGGCAAACGGUCCACCAUUUCUAGAUCAGAGUCGUCUGACUCUUUCCACCGGAGGGCGCCCUUCUUGCCCCAGGGCCCGGGGGACGUCCCCUCCCAGCCGGCCAAGGACGCCGCCCCGGACCCCUUCGCCCCGUCCUCGCCUCAGCAGCCUUUACGGGACCCCGACAGAUUUGCCAGCUUUGACAAAUACCCCACAGAGGAGGACAUGAUUGAGUGGGCCAAGCGGGAGAGCGAGCGGGAGGAGAGGGAGCGCCUCGCUCGCCUGACGCAGCAGGAGCAGGAGGACCUGGAGCUGGCCAUCGCCCUCAGCAAGUCGGAGCUCUCCUGAGGCCGGCUGGGGCCUCCUCUGUGCCCGCGCUCGCCACAGGAGGAAGGAGGGGGCAAAAAACUGAACUGAAGGGCCAGCCCCCUGGGAACAUUUCAAAACCACCGAGCAUCGCCAUCAGCCGUCAUCGUACACGCUCCUGAGUCCUCCACGGCCGUGUCCUGGCUGCCACGUUUCGAUUUUUCAGUUCUGUACAAAUACUCGAUUAUUUUUAAUGUAGAAUAGGUGCAGAACUGGAACUCCUAAAUUGGUACAGGGCAGGUAUGGAGUGGUGAAAUGGCAGGUGCCUGUUUCAGAAUGGAUUUGAAUGUUUGUCUCGCCUUCCUGGCGUAUGGACAGAGGGAACCGCCAGUGCAUGUCUGCGUCCUCGUCUCCCAAUUCCAACCCUACCUUUACCGUUCUGCCAGUGACUAGCCAGCACAAACUGGGGCAGUCGUAUCGUUUGGUUUUGCUUCCUUCUCCUGCCCCCGAGGUCUCCAUCAGCCCUCGGUGUAUUGCCCUCCAUUCUGCACACACUUACGGACUCUCCAGCCUCCCCGUUUCCAUCGCCUCCGCGCUGUCCCUGUGGACGCCCGGCUCGCCGCUGCUGUGUGAUUUCAGGAUUUCGUCGUUACCAGAAUGCAGGUUAUGCCGACCGGCUGCCUCCGAUCCCUCAUCCGGCAGCCAGUGCCCGGGGCGUUUUAAAAGGACGUUGUCUUUGAAGAUUUACUUGAAAUGGGGGGGGGGGGAUGAGCCCAUCUCCCAGUUAUUCUCUCCCUGUACGUACACCAGAGAUCCGUGAUGUGCCGUGGAAGCAGGUGAUGGUCACGUGGUGCUUAAAGUACAGAGCUCUUAGCCGAUGGCCAAUAACGUUAGAGGAAGCAGAUGGAAUCGUGGGUAAUUAGUCAGGGCCUUACAGUAGCAAACCAGUUGCACAGUGGCCACUGAUUUUAUUCAGUGAGAUGUGGUUAAUAAUCGAAAUGUCAUCUCUACGGGAGUCUUGGUUUUAAUUUCCCUCGGUGAUAUAUGAAAUUGCAGAAUGCAUCAGUGUACGACUGUAUUGUCAUUUAUUAAUCUUGCCGUCAUGUUCCUUAUGCUUGAACAUAAACUGCUAUCAGUAGAUGGCAUAUAGUGCGGAUGCUCAGUCUGAAAGGAAAGGUAUUGAACCGAGUGUGAGGUCAGUCAUUUAGGAGUGGUCCGCGUGUAGACAUGGAUUCGGCGGUGAUUCCAACAGAAUAAUUGUAUUAUAAAAACGGGGUAUUCCCCGUUUCCUCCAUGUUGAAAAUAAAACGCGCCGCGCUCUGACACAACGAACUGAUUUCAUAAGUACGAAAUGCAGUGUUGGUGAAACGCCUAGCAGAAGAUGGAGGAAACCCAUAACGGCAACAUGUAGUUAUUGUACCUGUGUAUCAUAGGGGCCCGACUCCGACACUCCUGUGUAAAGUGGACGUGCUCCAGGGGAGUGCCAUCUGUUUGAAGUGGACGUUGCUACUGUAUGCCAGCUGCCCUGUGCAGUGCAUUUCGCUUCCUCUUGAUUGUAUUGGAACGUAUAACCCCAGUUUAUAUCAUGCUCAGCUGCUUGGCUUUUUGUGAGAACGACUGCUUUUCCCUUUUACCGCUUUACUCAACCUGCCUUUUCACACGUGCCAAAAAGAGACCACUGUAGGGAAGAACCUUCAUGAACGUAUGUUUAUAUAUAUCUGCGCAUUUAAGAAAGCUCUUUCUUCUUCCUGGCACAAAGCUUGUUAUUGUUUUGUGCUUCUGUGGUCCACCCGCAUGAAAUUCUAUCUCCAGUUUCUAAAUGGCUUUUUUUUUAAAUGCCAUGCAGAAGUAGAAGAACCACUAGUUAAGAUUUUUGUUUUGAAAUUUGUGCCCGGAGAGAUUUGUUAAUUGGAUUUUCUGUUUGUACAUUUUAUAUGUGCAGGUAGUUGCAUCUGGUUUGUCUGGCUGUAUAAACAACACAUUGUAAACUAGUUAACACCCCAUUUACUAUUGUUGAAUUAAAAGUAUGUUGGACACUUUAAUAUUUGGGGAAAGAGACUUGCUACUCUUAUUUAAAUAGUGUGAAGACAAUGAAAUGCAGUAUAUUUUUAUUUGGAUGUCAUUUGCAGUAAAUCUUGAAAGAUGUCUUACUAGUUGUUGAGAUUCUCUGAAUUUUAUCGUUUAUAAAACUGGAUUCAGGAGUUAAAGGGUGAGUACUGAGUCUGAAAUGUUUCCAGAAUCUCAUUUAUGGGUGAGAAAGAUUCCCUUUGUCCUUACUGGAUUAUUUUCUGGGACAUAUCCUUCAUGUCCCAAUUCCCAGGUUAAACCAUGCUUAUGUUACUUCAAAACCAAACCUACAUAAUUCCGAUUUGACUUCCUUUUUAUCGAGGUUUGAUUAUCUUGGUCUAUGCCUUAUUGCAGUUACCAUGCCUAUACACAACCAGUUUUCUUCGCCUAACACUUCACUGAGGUACAGCAGUCAGCAGAGGGUAACAGACCAUUCUAAAAGCAGUUUGCGUUUGCUUCUUGCUCUAGCUUUGUAAAGCUCUGAAGUUCUGAUGUUUUAUGCGUUUCUUUGAACGCGAGCAAUGCCAUGGCGGGUGACUACCUGCUUGUGGAGUCUGAAGUGACUGUGAAAAGUGUCCUUUGUCUUUUGCACAAAGACUGCUGCUGACUGUGAACUCGUCAUCAUUUCAGUUUUCCUUCUGUCCUGUAACGUGUGGUCGCGGAGGAGCGAGUACGGACGGCAACCUUUCGAACAAAUGCAUUUUAAAAAGUAUUUAUUAGCGACUUUUUUGGAAAAAAAAAAAAAAAAACAAGCAGGCGUGUUUGGGUAUUAUGUGGAGAAGAAGGUAAAUUUGAACCUGUCACUCAUGAAUUGGGGCACAACUGUGAAAGUCAAUCCAUUGAUGACUGUGGAGUUGUGUAAAGGAACGGCCAGCUAUGUAUUCAAGUCAUAUCUCAGUGCAGGCGAUAUCCCUACCUCCCAAUAUGCCAUUAAAAUCUUAUUUUCAAACCUCUUGCUUUUAAUUGGGAGGGGGUCAUCAGUGACUAAGCAUGGCAUUUAUCUAGGUUUCUGGAGCAGUUGCCCCCCAAAGACAUCUCUGCUCCUGGUAUAUACAGCAGGGACUCCAUGCUCCACCCAGGAGCUGCUGUUCUCUCCCUCUUCCCUCUGCUCACCUUGUGUUAAGUGUUGCUGUUUAUUAUUGCUCAUCUAACAUGUAUAAACUUUACACUCAUUAAAUCAAAAAACCACUGAUGUAUGUAGGCUAUAUCUAUAUAGACUUUUUAAAUCUGGCUAAUUUUAUUUUUUAUUUGUAACUUCAAAUAUAUUCCCUUAAUGAUGGGAGUCGUUGUUUAAUUAUUCUGCAUUAUAACCUGUAAUUAAAAAAGGGUAAAUAAAUGUAAAAUAUGAACAUUCUGUGCUCUGUCAUUGUUUAUUAAAAUUGUUUAUUGUG